ACAGGAAGAAGGUCCCGGGACGGGGAGAGGGGCAGAGCUGUCGGUCGUCUCUCAGGCUCCCACCAUGGUGUCUGUAACAUUGGCCACGUCUGAGUGGAUCAGCUUCUUCAAAGAAGCCGGGAUCCCCGCGGGUCCAGCUGUCAACUACGCUGUGACGUUUGUGGACAACAGGAUCCAGAAGACCAUGCUGAUGGAUCUGACCAAGGAGAUCAUCAAUGAACUAGGCAUAACAGCAGUCGGAGAUGUCAUCGCCAUACUGAAACAUGCCAAAAUUGUCCACAGACAGGAUAUAUGUAAUGCCCUGACAGAGGUGCCCAGCCAGACGAGUAUGCAGAGUGAACUGAGGAGAAACGCAAACAGCCCUGCCACAAGAAUGAUUGCCAAUAGUCUCAGCCGGGAUUCUCCCCCGUCCCCACCUCUCCGCAGGCCUGAGACCAGUACGUCUAAGAUCUCUGUGACUGUGUCCAAUAAAGUGGCUCUGAAGAAAUCUCAAGCCGCAUUGUCUGCACCAGUAGAUGACUCCGGGGCUGAGGUUCCAGUGAAACGGCGCAGGGUGACGGCUGAGAUAGAGGGAAAGUACAUCAUUAAUAUGCCCAAGGGAACCACAGAGCGGACGAGGAAGAUCCUGGAGGAGCAAGCAGAAAAAGGUAUGAUCAGAACGUCCGUCUUUGACCGACUGGGGGCAGAAAGUAAAGUGGAUACAACAUUGGGUGCAAAGCCCACAGGAGUUUUUAGUCGAUUAGGGGAUGCCCAUGUAGAAGAAAAAUCUCCAGACAGUGAUGACGACAGCAGUGUUUUGCAGUACGUGGGUGUUCUUAAAAGAAUGAGCGCUUCAGUCCCCAGAGAGGAGUUAACCUCUGGGAUCACCAUCAAAGCCAAAGCCACAAGUUCGGAGAAGAAGCCGCGAAUCACCACCAUCAAGAGACUCGCUCUGAAACCUCCUGCCAGUGCUCCUGCUAAGCUAACCACGUCAAAGGUCACCCUGGCGCAGAGGUUGGGCACUGCCCCACGGAUAAACGUAGAGGAGGAAAGGAAAAGAAAAAAGCCAUCGGCUGCCUUGGCACAGCGUCUGGGGAAGCAGCAGGUCAUCGCUCAGGACAGCAAAGUGAGCAGCAGUAAGCCGCAAGUAGUGGCAUUCAAGCCGUCGUUCACCAUCAAGAGGACUGUAGGGAACGCCCGUGUGACCAGCUCCAGCGACAAUAGCAGUGCUCAGAUGGACAACGCUGGAAACGUCAGUGUCUUUAAGAGACUGGGGAGAAAAUCCCUAUGAAGUCCAGUUGACUGUUUGGGGAGCUGCGACCCAUUUUAUCAGUUGGAAUGCACGGUUCAGCCAUCUUGCAGUUAGCGCACCAGAACUUGCAGGGUUUUGUGUUUGGAUACACAGACUUGUUUUACACCGCGUUGAAAUACAGCCGUAGAACCUCACUGCCACUGUAUUUAUUACUUCCAGGUAAUAGCUGCAGUGAUUAAUUUUUAUAAUUAAAUAUUUUAUUAGAACACA